AUGGCCCUGAUAGAUGAAGACAUUGCCUUCCAAUCCAACAUACCUGUGCCACUGGAUAUAACCGUGGCUGUGGUCUACUCUGUUUUUGGAGUAUUAUCACUGUUUGGCAACAGCACACUGCUGUACGUCUCCUUCAAGAAAAAACACCUUCUGAAACCAGCCGAGUACUUCAUCAUCAACCUCGCCGUCAGUGACUUGGGCCUGACUCUGUCCCUCUACCCCAUGGCCAUAACUUCAAGCUUCUACCACAGGUGGCUGUAUGGGAAAACAGUGUGCUACAUAUACGCUUUUUGUGGCAUGUUGUUUGGCAUCUGCAGUCUGACGACUCUGACCCUGCUCAGCAUCGUGUGCUUUGUAAAAGUAUGUUGUCCACAUUACGGUAACAAGUUUAACCCUGUCCACGGCCGUCUGCUCAUUGCCUGUGCUUGGGUCUAUGCCUUGUUGUUCGCUGGCUCUCCGCUGGCCAACUGGGGGAAAUAUGGACCUGAGCCUUAUGGCACCGCCUGUUGCAUCGACUGGCGCCUGUCUAAUGAACACUCGACAGCACGUUCAUUCACUGUGGCGCUGUUCAUCUUCUGCUACAUCCUUCCAUGCUGUGUUAUUGUGGCAUCUUACUCGUGCAUUCUGGUCACAGUGAAUGUAUCACGUAAAAAUAUGGAGCAACAUGCAUCGAGGAAGACACACAUGAGCAGCAUCCAGACAAUUAUAAUUAAGUUAAGUGUUGCUGUCUGCAUCGGUUUCUUUGUGGCGUGGAGUCCGUAUGCUGUGGUAUCCAUGUGGGCUGCCUUUGGGCACGUUGAGAACAUCCCUCCUCUGGCCUUUGCUUUACCGGCAAUGUUUGCCAAGUCGUCCACCAUCUACAACCCAAUCAUCUACCUAAUGCUGAGGCCGAACAUUCGCAAGGUGAUACGCAAGGACCUUGGUACUCUAUGCCACAUCUUUCUGAAUUGCUGUCAAUGCACGAAGGGGUCAGCAAAUUGCUGCUCCAAGACAGAGAUCAGGGUCCGAAUUCGCUCAUUGCACAGACAGACAAACCCAUUCCCUUCAUCCAACUACUCUGCUCAACCUCCUAUAGAAACAAUAAAGUGCAAUGAUGCUUUUGAAUGCUUCAGACACUACCCUCAAAUCUGCAGCGUCCCUAACCCUGCCAUCGACGACCCAUCUAAAGUUCUAGACAAUCCAAUUCCCCAAACACAAAGGCAGAAGAAUCAAAAUGUGUGCCACAAAAAGUCUCUGCUGGCCAUCAUGUGUGCAAAAAGGACUUCAGAAAUAGACAACUUUCACAUUAAUUUGGAGAUGGUUCCAGGCCAUGCAAAAGUCGCCUGGCCUUGA